CUUUCUGUGUGGAGUUUGCAUGUUCUCCUCGUGUCUGCGUGGGUUUCCUCCGGGUACUCCGGUUUCCCCCACCAUCAUAAAGACAUGCACCGCAGCCUCACCCCGGUUCGUAUGGAUGUGAAUGAAUGUUGGUGGUGGGGGAGGGGCCGUAGGCGCUGAUUGGCUGCCACGCUUCCGUCAGUCUGCCCCAGGGCAGCUGUGGCUACUGAUGUAGCUCACCACCACCGGGAUGACUGUGUGUGUGUAUGACUACUGGACUCUGGACUGUAAAGCGACUUUGAGUGUCUAGAGAAGCGCUAUAUAAAAUAAAUGAUUAUUAUUAUAAUUAUAACAAAACCGAAAGCAGAACAGUGAGAAUGCUUGGCACCUUUUUUUCUUGCUGAGUUCACUUUCACUUCUCGAUCAUCCACACUGUGCGAUCACUCUGUUAUAUUUGUGGGAAUUUACUGUAUCAUGAGCAGGUAUGAAAGUACAUUUCUGUGCACUGUAUGUUGUCCUUUGUCUGAUAUGUUUAGUAAUUAAAACGAGCACGAGGAUUCUUUGUGGAAUCAUUGUGUUGCAAACUGUUGUGCACGACCACAUAAGGCUGCUCAUGUGAUUCUACAUUGUACCAUGUGUUAAAAAAAUAGGCGGACAGGUUGAAGGGUACAAGGUUAUGAUGAUGUCAUCUGAGAGUCUUUUUCAUAAAAGGUACAGUCACUGUGCUAUGACAAAGCCAUUGGUACAAGGCAAUAAAAGUAGGUGGUCUGUCUUUAAUGAAACUCCCAACAGAGCAGUGUUUUUCCAUUCAACUUCCUGAUACUCCUGUUGGUGACCCAGUGCUGCACUGCUUUACACGUUUAUCAACUGCAGAUGAUGGAGCCAAUGUAUUCUCCUGAGACUGCAGACAGUUUGUUACUGCCUGACCCACCGUGUCCCUCUAUUCCCUCACUGGGAGAUGGUGAGUGUUACCACGUCUUCAUCAGCUACAGCAGCACCGACUACCAGUGGACCCACUCCCUCAUCGACCAGCUGGAGUCCUGCGGCUUGCAGGUCUGCUACCACGAACGUGACUUCACUCCCGGCCGCACCGUGUUGGAAAACAUGUCCGACUGCAUCCAGGAGAGCCAGAAGGUCCUGCUGGUUCUCAGCCAGGAGUUUGUGAGGAGCCGCUGGUGUCUCCUGGAGGCCAACAUGUCUCUGUUCAGAGACUGCCUGGAGAGGAAGCCCAUCGUCCCGGUGCUGCUGGAGCCAGGAGUCUCUGUUCCUCUCCACCUCUGCCACCUCACCUACCUGGAGGCCCACGACCCGGACUUCAAGGACAAGCUGCUCAAGGUGCUGUGCACCCCCAACCAGCAGCUUCAAGGGUCCACUGUGGUGCCCUUCCAGCCUCCUUCUAUCUACAAUGGGAAGGCCCUGCAGCCUUUGAUUGCUGUCAAUGAAGAAGGACUCAACAAAUGGGAUUGUGGUCAGUUCAGUGACAUGGAGGUGCCGGACCAACUGCGUCUGAUCAUUCAGGACCACGAGAACUACAGAAAGGCUGUGAGGAUGAUCAACAGUGUCUCUCAACAUAAAAUACUCCCACUCUGGGUUAGAGUACUGAUGAUUGUUAUCACUAUACUAUUGAUCAUAUUUAUGUCAUCUCUAUCCUUAUUCGUGCUAAUUUGGGCGAUAAAUUCUUCAUCGAAAGAGGUGAACCCAAAUCUUGCGGCGUUCACUUCUGCUUGUCUCAUCUGUCUUACAUUUGCAUUGAUUAUUGAGAUAAGUCUUUGGAAAACGGAUCAAUUGAAGUACAUUGUGAAGGAACUGCAGAAAGCUGUUGGCCAGGCAAACAUAAUCCUCUCAGAGGAGAAGGUGUUGAUGGGCAGUUGUUCCAAUUCAAAAAUCUAUCUGGUCUACGUUGGUCUGGAUGGUUGCAAACAAGAGUUUGCAGCAACAUUUUCUGAGCAGGGUUGUGAGGAGGAUAUGUUUCAGAGAGCCCUGGCUUUCUUCUCAUCAGGUUACGCCUGCUGCCUUGCUAAAAGGCACUUCCCCUUUCCUCAAACCAGCUCCACUGGCCACCUGGAGAGAGGGGUGUGUUUCUGUCAGUACGUCUCACAGCAGCUGAGAACAAAUCAAUGGGAAUAGCAACGUCUACUUUUAUGUCUUUACUGUAGAGUACAGCUCACCAGUCGACAUGUAAUGUCUGGAGAAAUACGAGCCACCGAGAGCCAUUAAAGGCACAGUAACCUAGUUCAUGUUAGAAGCCCCUCAGACAUCAGGACGGAGGCUGUCUCUUUAACAAAUCCGAAAGCAGAACAGUGAGAAUGCUUGCCACCCUUUUUUCUUGCUGAGUUCACUUUCACUUCUCAAUCAUCCACACUGUGUGAUCACUCUUUGUUAUAUUUGCGGGAAUUUACUGUAUCAUGAGUAGGGAUGGGUAUCGUUUGGGUUUUUUCCAAUACCGGUGCUAAACCGGUACUUUUAAAACGAUACCGGUGCCUAAACGGUGCCUGAACCGAUACUUUUUUUUUUAAACGCACAAUGAGGACAUUAAAAACCUCUUUGGCCAUAUUCCCUGUAGAAGCCGUUAUCAUGGCGCACCGACAAACAACGGAUAUCAGACUGUUUACAUACACAAGAUAUGUUCUCCAUUAUAUGUGAUAUGUAUUGUCAUGUGCAGACCUUAUAGGGUUAAUCCUGUCACUGUUUUGAUGGGCAAAGAGAACAACCAAUCAGAGGUACUGAAGAUGACACGUGACAAAUAAAGUUUUGCUUCUGACAGCGAGAGGUCCACUGAAACAAAGUGAUGCCCCACGGUCUUUAUUCCUCCGUCAUUAUAUUCCCGGUAACACCGGGUAUACAGCCGGGAUCGCUGUACAUCAAAAACAUCUGCUAUCAGACUGUCACGCUCGUAGCUCGUAGCUAGCGCUAGCUACGAGCUAUCUUAAACAUGGUUAUAAUGGAUAAUUUAUUAUUUCUUGGGCUACUUUUAUGAAUGCAAGACUUGCAAUCAACGUUACGGUACUAAUCUGAGUUAAGGCUGCUCGUCAUAAUCGGUCUCCACGUGUUCAGGGGGACCGGUGACGGUCUCCCCGUCGCGCCCAGCCUGACGCUGGUGUGCUCCACACGGGUUCACGCAGUCACACACGGCGCAGCCUCCGCUGUCAGAGUUAAAUAUGAGAGGCUCGUAACCUGCUGACAGGGCGGAGUCACCAAAGAAGUUCACAACAAUAUUUUUUUUCAAUUUCAAUCGGCUCAGGCACCGGAAAGAAGCACCGAAAUGUGCGUUGCGUUUCGGUCCGGGUAAUACCGGUUGUAUUGGAACCGGUACCAUAUUGGCACCGGUUUUCGGUACCCAACCCUAAUCAUGAGCAGGUAUGAAUGUACAUUUCUGUGCACUGUAUGUUGUCCUUUGUGUGAUAUGUUUGGUAAUUAAAACGAGCACGAGGAUUC